AUGGCAUCGCAUGGGCAGAACUGCACCUGCAGUUCGCAUCAACUCGCUACUCCCAGUGUCCACCAAACUCUGGACGAGAUGGAGUUUGAGAGAGGAAUAUGGUCAGCAGCCAUGGAUGGAGACGCGGAAAGGGUUAGGACGUUUCUCAGGAAGGGAACUGAUCCAAACAUGAGAGACCAGGCUGGCUACACUGCUUUGCAUUAUGCCAGUCGGGGCGGGCACAGGUCCGUGUGUGAGCUGCUCCUCAGCCAGGGGGCGCGUGCCAGUCCGCAGACCCGAGGGGGGGCCACACCCCUGCACAGAGCCGCCUACCGUGGCCACGCUCAGGUGGUCCAGGUUCUACUGGAGCAUGGCGCCGACCUGCUCAUGACUGAUGACGAUGGAUCCACAGCUUUACAUAAGGCAGCUGAACAGGGUCAUGUGGAGGUGUGUGAACUCCUCGUGAAACGCUGUCCAGACCUGAGGAAUCAGAGGGAUAAAAGAUCUCGUCUGGCGUAUCAGCUUACCCCGGAGAACAGUCCUCUACAACAGAUCCUCAUGCCACCUCAGUGACACACA